AUGUCCGCCCCAAUUAAAGUUGUUGUUUUCGGAGCCACUGGUCACACGGGCCGUGUAAUCAUCGAUGGCUUGAUCAAGUCGCCGACCAACUUUGAAAUCGUGGCCGUAUGUCGCCCUUCGUCGCUCGGCAAGCCGCAGAUCGACUUGUUCAAGAAAAACGGCGUGAAGGUCGUGGGCCUCGAAAUUACCGGCCCACGGGAGCCUCUGGUCGACGUCAUCAAGGGCGCCGACACCGUCAUUGCCGCGCUCAACUUCCUCGUCUUGGAGCAGCAGACCAUUCUCAUCGAUGUUUGCAAGGAAGCCGGUGUGGGGCGGUUUAUUCCCGACAAUUUCGGACCCGUGAUGCCCCCGGUCGGAGUCAUGGCGUUGAGGGAGAGGAAAGAGAAAAUCAUCAACUACAUCAAGUUGCAAAAGGUCCCGUACACCGUCAUCGACGUGGCCUGGUGGUAUCAGAUCCUGCCCUACAAAGUCCCUUCUGGACGUAUCGACUAUAUGGUUCCUUAUGGCCCGGACGACGCAAACCACAUUCCCGGAGAGGGAAAUGUUCGCGUAUCCUUUUCCGAUGUGACUGCCAUCGGAGAUAAGGUAGCCCGGAUAAUUGCCGACCCCCGAACCGUCAACAAGUAUGUUCACGUGUACGACGAGGUCAUGACCUAUCAUCAAGUGCUCGAGACUCUCGAGGAUGUCAGUGGCGAGAAGAUUGAAAGGGCCUAUAAAACGGCCGAGCAGUGUCAAGACGCCAUCAGCGAGAUGAACAAGGUGCUAGCCAAGGACGCGACCAAUUUUAUGGCGCUAGUCGGCCGCAGUGUAUCAGAGUAUCAGUACUCCCUGUGCGUGCGAGGAGACACCACCCCAGAGGUUGCCGAUUAUCUGGGAUACCUAGAUGUUUACAAGCUUUACCCAGAUCUCGAGCCUGCAACACUCCGGACCUACUACCGGAGAGCUCUUGAUGGCAAGGAGGCGCCGGGCCACAUGGAUUGA